UUGCAGCUGCUCAUCGAUCAGUUCACACAGCUCAAGUAAUGAACAAUCGUUUGAAAAUCAUCAUUUUAUUCGCCAUACUAUGCCUUCUUCAACGGGCAUCCUCCACCGCUUACCGCUGCACUGAUUAUUACAGGGGCUAUUGCGUAAUCGAAAACGUCACCACCGAAUCGCUGUCCGCCUCAACGUUUCCCCCGGAAAAGUCCCUCCUCAUCCAGAACAGCACGAUUCCUGCGUUCGGUGCGGAAUGCUUCCGGAAAAUCCCGGUCACGGAAAACCUAAUGGUCCACCACUUGAAGAUCGAACGACUGAAUUUAGCCGAGUGCGCUCAGCUGACGACCCUGUUCGCCAGCUUCAAUCACAUCUCCGAGCUGAACGUUCAGGAGGGCUUAUCGUUGCGUAGUCUGCAUCUGUACCAGAACAUGCUGACCAACGUGAGCGCCCUGCGUGUGCUGACCACGCUCGAGCAGCUGUACCUGCACGAUAACUUACUCGAAGUGCUGGAGGUUGAUGUUUUCGCGGACAUGAAAAGCUUAAAGUUACUGACGUUGCAUCGGAACAUGCUCACCGCGAUCGAUACCAAACAACCGGUUAGCUUGCCAAGUCUGGAAUCGCUGUUCUUGCAGCACAACAAGCUGACCUAUUUGGACACUGGACUGUGGAGAAUGCCCGCACUGCAGAAGGUUGACCUGAGUGGAAAUCAGUUGGGUUAUCUGUUUACCUUUUUGGAAGAGUUCCCAGCACUGAAGCAGCUGGAGCUGCACGAAAACCGCUGGAAUUGUGCCUGGCUGUACAAGAUGAUGGACCGGAUGGAGAUCAGGAACAUUCAGCACUCACAGGUAGAUCAAAGCUGUGAAGGUACACUGUUUCAGGAGAUCUGUUGCUUUUCGGAAGGAGCUGCUCCAGAUCCCAUGAUGUUGCUGAUCAGCCGUACUGCGAUCGUGGACGAUCUGCAGGAUCAGCUGGGGUGUCAAAGGAAGAAAGUGGAACAACUUGAAGAAGCUCACCGAAAGCAGUCGUUCCGAUUUGAUGAAAUGAAGCAGAAAAUUGAUCAGUUUGAGGAGUUUUGUAAGCGAGUUGGGUUGUAGGACUUCGGAAUCUUUUUGUAAUAAAUAACACAACUAAUCGAA